AUGUCUCUGUCUCGCAGCAACACAGUUGAUCCAUCAUCACCUUUGGACCAAACAAAUGAGGAACCGAUCGAGCUAGGUUCUCGCAUCGUCCACAAAUUCUUUGAGCCCGUCAUCCUCCUCUUGGCUCUGACUGAAGCUGUGAGCCACAUCGCCACACCGCGGUCCCAUGAGGAGAACAUCGACGUCAAGAAUCCCAAGGAGCUAUUCUACGCCUUUCUCAACAAACUCAGCCAUGCGUGUGAUAGAGCAAAGGGGGGCGACAACGUCACCUCUUUCGUCGUCCUCAAAGACGAAGACAACCCCGACAUGGCUCACUACGUCUUCGCGGUGAACCAGCAAGAUAAAGGCCAGUUGCAAAUCACAAAGGCGUAUGUCACUACCCUUCUGCGCAAAGUCGCCCAAGCCCCUGAGGGCCAGGAAAAUCAGCAUGAUGCGAUGCAGUCUCUGCUAUGCUAUAUUUUGCGUUUCAAUCGUCCUCGGGUUUCGGUUUACUUGCGUGAACUCCAAGAGCAUGCAAAGUCUUGUCUCAAAAGUUGCGAGGUAGGAAAGAGGGACGACGACGAAUUAGUUGCUGAGGAGUUGGCGAAAAUUCUCGCUUCUCCCUACGUUGGCUCGGAAGUUGGUCAUACGGAAGCUGACUAUUUUCACAAGUGCGAGACGACGAUUAAGCUUCUCACCAAAAUCGAAAUGUCUAGACAAGGAAAGAUAAUCGAAGACCGUGCCUUGGAAGAUCGAGUUGAAGGGUACAAAAGCAUGGAAUGCUGGGCUGAUCUUUUCCACACCAUCAGACGUAUUCUUGCCUACCUGCAUUCGGUCAGAUUCUUUCUUCUAGCCAAGGAAAAGUGGCCCGGCCUUUUUGAAAACUUUACCGUCUCCUUCAUCUCAUCAAGUCGCCCAGCGCCCAAGCCCUUUCGCAACAAGAGCCUCUACGCCGAAGGCAUUGUCGGCCGCAUGACGCGAAAGGAAAAAGAAAUGGCGAUAUUCAAGGACUUUGUACGAAAUCUCCAGCUCUACAACCUUGACGACCGUAUCAAGAAGGAAUACAGCAGAAGCACCUUCAGGCCAAUCGUCCAUGCAGAAGUCCUCUUGCUGAACUGGAUCUCGAUCAAGGGCGAGAUCGUGCCCUCGAGAUUCUUCAAUGACUGGAUGUAUAUCGGAAGCAGCAAGCCGACGUGUAAGCUAUGCGACUAUUACUUCGAAGAGCACAGGUCAAACGUCAAACACCGGGCUUCCCAUGGCAAUCUGUAUCCCAGCUGGCGCGUGCCCGACGUAUUUCCAUCCCAAAUUCCGGAGGGGACAGAGAAGAGACAGGUUAUGGUGGACAGAAUACUACAGCGGGUGCGUAAAGAUGCAUUUGAUGUUGUGAGGAGGAAAGCCAUUCCGGGUAUAAAGGACGAUGACUCAAACACACGUUCUGCACGAGUGACGCUCUGGGACGUGGGGUCUCUGCAUGGUUCAGAGGACGAUUUCGACGAUCUUGCGUCGAUGAUGGGACAAGUGGAUAUUGGCUGA